GGCUCCAGCUUCCGGAGACGGUGCGAGCCCGGAGGCGACUGCGGCGGUCAUGGCCCAUGAGCUGGAUGGCAAGCGCUUGCCAUCCGUUCAGGAUCUCGAUGUCACAGUGCUGGCCUUCGCGCAAUGGCUUUCGGAAAUGAAGCUGCGGAGCAACUCCUCCUUGCAGCAAAUGCUUGCAGAGAUGGGCAUCAUCCGAAAUGGCAUCACCUCCAACAACACUGACUUGACGGAAUUCAAGAGGAACACGGCAACGGUGCAACAGCAAAUGCAGUCACAGAUCUCGGACCUCCGCGACAAGUUGACGGAUGCGUACACUGAGAUCGCAAACAUGAAAAAAACCAAGAGCCAGUUUGAGCAGGAGGUUCAUGCAGAAUGCCAGUCUUUGUCAGAGCAGCUGCAAUUCAAAACCUUGGAGCUGGAAACCUUGAAAAAGGCUUAUGCUCACACGCACCAGCAGCUCCAGCAGCAGAUCAUUCAGCUGCAAACGGAGGUGAAUGAACUUAGAAUGAGGGGCGAUGAUGCCAACAGGCAGCAACACCUGAGCUUUGAGCAGAAUGUGAACAAGGUCUCCGAGGUGGAAAUGGCUGCUCAGUAUGCUAACAACGAAAUGAAGAGGUUGCGAAGUGACCAUGAUCAAGCCAUGUCCAACCUAGCUGAGAACAUGGGCAGGUGGAAUGACACUGUGCGAGACCUUUCAAAAGAGUUUCACGACUUCCAAAAGGUAACGAAUGUCAAUCAACAGCGACUCCAAAGCGCUGUCUGGGAUGUUCAGGGCAAGCUCGGACAAGGAGCCAGCCCGGUGGUUGGGCCUCAAGUUACUCCUGCAACCUGCGCAGCUGCUCAUUCGGCUGGGAGAAGGUUUUGACCGCUGGGCCCGCGAACGCGGAACAAGUCUCUAUGGACGCCUGCUGGACUGCGCUUCCAAUGCCUGCCAUUUGCUUGCAGCUCGAAAACAUGCCAAGCACGUUUCCAUUGCAUCGAUCACAUCGAUCGCAAAUACAUGUUCGAAAGGCGCCUUGAGUUGUUCGCCGUGCAAAUGUUGGAUAUGCUGCCAGGGACCAUGGCUGGGGGGUGGAGUUGUCAUUCUCGAGUUCCCUGUCCCUUCGGGCUCAAAGCAGCAUAGGCUAAGGACCCUAGGCGCCGCUCACCGAACCCAGAGCUUGCCGUGCACGCACGACUUGACAUCAAAGCCUUGAGGCACAGGCAGCUCGUCUAGCUCACCUCUAGCUCAUCGGCUUCUGGUCGGCUUGUCGGCUCUCAUGUCGCAGAUCGUUGUCGAUGCGGUGGUCGAAGGGCCCGAUAGGCGGAGCGCCAGCUUCGCAGAGCCGGGCUUUGAGGAUGUGGAUGAUACAAUGUUACUUGACCCACCAGACCCUGUGGAUUUGCUUAUUGCGCACACGCACGCUGAUCAAGCAGUAAAUCUUGGGGCAAGGCCGCUAGAUUUCGUGCGAGCAAAGGUGAGCGAGCUCAAAAAGGAAAAUACGCGAUUGAAGGAUAGGGUAGCAGAUCUGGAGCAGACCCUUUCCAUCGUGCAGACGGCACAGGAAUGGACGCUUGGCAAAGGCAUGACGCAAGAGCAAGCGAUGAGAAUGCAGGAGAUCAAAACGCUUCUCGAGCAGGCAAAGAAAGCACGAGAGGAGAUGCAGAAUUUCUCCAGUGCCAGUCGCGCAGCUCUCUAUGAGAAGCUGCGGACUUGCAAAGCCAUGCUGCGACGAGAACGCCAGGAAAAGGUUGAGAUGAAGGACCGGCUGAUGCACGCCUUUGAUCAUGCUAGAGCCCAUCGGGAUGCAUAUAGAAGGCUCAAACAACAACGAGAUGAAGAGAACGAGAGAUGGCAACAAGCGAUGAAGGAAACAAAAGAGCGGCACAGACUAGAGCUGCGCCGCUUACACGGUGACCCUGCAGCUAUGCAGUCAGACCGCCAAGAUCAGUUCAGCUUCUACGGCGAGCGGGUUCUUGAUGACCUGAUAACUCUGCAGCAGCAUCUCAGAGGGGUGAAGGAGCGAACUGUGGACACAGUCGUUUUAGAGGGUGAGGAGUUUGAGGGCUCUGGCUUGCAUUUCUUGCAAGACCCGUCUGAUGGCGCCGAAGUCUUGGCCACCACGGACGCCUUUGGCUGAGAAGAUCUAGCAAGUUUCCAUCAAAACGGUAGCUAUAUCCAUCGAAUCUGAAGCAUGGCCGAUUUGUAAGCUUGUCAGGAUGCAGGACAGCCUGAGAGAGAACAAUCUAUAUAUGUACGCUUGAGACGGCAACCUCCAAGUUUGUCUCACUUGACUCACUUGUCUCAAUGUCUCAGUGGGACGGAAAAAAACAAAACGGGCUGUCUCCUUCAUGGUGGAAAACAGAAAAAAAUGGCUGGUUUUGUGUUUGUCUCACUUGUCUCACUUGUCUCACUUGUCUCACUUGUCUCACUUGUCUCACUUGUCUCACUUGUCUCACUUGUCUCACUUGUCUCACUUGUCUCAACGAAGGCUUUCAUACCAAGAUGGUCGGACGAAGUGUGCUCGAGCAUCCAACAUGUGACCUCUGUCAGCUGCCAGCUGAAAAGUCCGUUGCACAUGAUGACAUGCAUGCACUGGAAACAGCAUUCUGUGCACAAAGUCACGUGUGACCAUUCCACUCCAUGUGGAUCUACAAAUUGCAGUAAAAGGAUCCUUGUUACUUUUGGUCACUUGCCUUGGCCUGACGUUCCCCAAAACAAGUGAAUUGCCUUUCACUCCUGGUGAGUAAAUGAUGGCAGCUGCCGUGGAAGCUUUCAACAUCGCUCGACAGGUGGAAAUGGCUGCUCAGUAUGCCAACAACGAAAUGAAGAGGUUGCGAAGUGACCAUGAUCAAGCCAUCUCCAACCUAGCUGAGAACAUGGGCAGGUGGAAUGACACUGUGCGAGA